AGCACAGACCUGAGGGCCACGCAGGAAGGUUAUUCUCUCUGUGGUCAUGAGCGGCAGCAAUGGGCAGACUGACACCCGUACCUAUCAAUCCCUAGCCGAGGAUUGCCCCUUUGGCUCUGUGGAGCAACCCAAGAGAUCCACGGGGAGACUCGUCAUGCACAGCAUGGCCAUGUUCGGCCGAGAAUUUUGCUAUGCGGUGGAGGCAGCCUAUGUGACUCCAGUUCUGCUCAGUGUGGGCCUGCCCAAGAGUUUGUACAGCAUGGUGUGGCUCCUAAGCCCCAUCUUGGGAUUCCUGCUGCAACCCGUGGUGGGAUCAGUCAGUGAUCACUGCAGGGCCCGGUGGGGCCGCCGGAGACCCUACAUCCUCACACUGGGCAUUAUGAUGCUCUUGGGGAUGGCCCUGUACCUCAAUGGAGAUGCUGUUGUAUCAGCUUUGGUUGCUAACCCCAGGAGGAAGCUGGUUUGGGCCAUAACCAUCACGAUGAUAGGUGUGGUUCUCUUCGACUUUUCUGCUGACUUCAUUGAUGGGCCUAUCAAAGCCUACUUGUUUGACGUCUGCUCCCACCAGGACAAGGAGAAGGGCCUCCACUACCACGCCCUCUUCACAGGUUUUGGCGGUGCCCUCGGCUACCUUUUGGGUGCCAUAGACUGGGUGCAUCUGGAAGUGGGAAGGCUGCUGGGCACCGAGUUCCAGGUCAUGUUCUUCUUCUCGGCCCUGGUGCUCACUUUGUGCUUUGUCAUCCAUCUGUGCAGUAUCCCCGAAGCCCCACUCAGAGACAGUGCACAAGACCCUCCCUCAGAGCAGGUCUCUCAGGGCUCGUCAUCGUUGGCAGAUGGCAUGCACGAAUACGGCUCUAUUGAGAAAGUUAAACACGAUGGUGCAGACCCAGAGUUGGUAAUGCAGGGAGGGAAAACCAAAAAAGGCUCGGAACAGAGUCAGAGGGCAAUGUCGAUGAGGUCACUUCUAAGGGCCUUAGUGAACAUGCCUCUCCAUUAUCGCUGCCUUUGCAUCAGCCACCUCAUUGGAUGGACUGCCUUCCUGUCAAACAUGCUCUUCUUCACAGAUUUCAUGGGGCAGAUUGUCUACCACGGGGAUCCCUAUGGUGCACACAAUUCCACGGAGUUUCUUAUCUAUGAAAGAGGAGUUGAGGUUGGAUGUUGGGGCUUAUGUAUCAACUCUCUGUUUUCUUCACUUUAUUCCUACUUUCAGAAAGCGUUGGUUUCCUACAUUGGAUUAAAGGGCCUUUAUUUCAUGGGAUAUUUGCUCUUUGGCCUGGGAACAGGAUUCAUAGGACUCUUCCCAAAUGUCUACUCUACCCUGGUCCUCUGUUCUAUGUUUGGUGUGAUGUCCAGCACAUUGUACACUGUGCCCUUUAACCUCAUUGCUGAGUACCACCGUGAGGAGGAGAAGGAGAAGCGGCAGGAAGCCCCCGGAGCUCCUGAGAGCAGCGGGAGAGGCAAAGGCGUGGACUGUGCUGCCCUCACCUGCAUGGUGCAGCUAGCUCAGAUCCUGGUUGGUGGGGGCCUGGGCUUCCUGGUCAACAUGGCUGGGAGUGUCAUCGUGGUGGUGAUGACAGCCUCUGCCGUGGCACUGAUAGGCUGCUGCUUUGUGGCCCUCUUCGUUCGAUAUGUCGAUUAGGUUUAUAAAGAGACACGGACCCCCAAACCUCAGACGAAUGAGACCAUGGCAAGAAACCAGUCUUUGCUCAGGCUCUCUGGCUUGGGGAACUGUAUGUCCCCCACUUUGUAAUCUCACCGUGCAUGCACACGUGGGAGAAGGGGAGUGUGGUAGCAUUGCCAGCCCCUCUGUAUCUCCCUUAGCAUCUGCCCCUCGGUGCAGGCAGAGGAAGGUCAGCUUCUCCUUCUCCAGAGGCAUUUCAGGGCUUGAUAACAUCUGAGGAGCAAAUCGAGCCUACUUGUGAUGCUGAUAAUGUAAUUUUUUAAGAAAGCAGUCCAUCUAUCAUUGGGAAAUCACAUAUUUCAUCAAAUUCAAAAAUACUUAAAAUAUUGCUGAUCAUUUUAUGGUGUUGAUUUAUUCAAAUGUAAUUUGCUCAUAAUUAA